UACCCGUUAGACAACUGCCUCGACCCUGAUUCUCUUUCUUCCUCUUCCUGUCAUCCUCCGUGAUUCUCUAGUCAAAAUUUCACCUAUUUCUACGAAAUUAACAAAGCAAAAUUAUGUGAAGGGAAAUCAGAUUUGCUGUUAUUGUAAUAGAGAUCAAGCAAGUUGAAAAUGCUGCAACCUCAAAUAGUGCAAUCCCCAGCCAGGCUAGGUUUGACAAACCCUAAUUCACCGUCUCUUCAAAACCCUACCCCUCCCAAGUACCCUUCUUCUCAACCCCAACAGCCGCAGCAACAGUCUGGCUCCAGCCUCUCACCGGCAACGACCUCUUCAACCCUCCUUUCUCUUCUUCCUCCACUCCCCAGAGCCCAAUCCCUUCUCCUCCAAAUGGCCUCCUUAGCUUCCAAACUGUUCGAGGUCUCCCCUAAUCGUACUCUCUGGGUUUCAACCUUUCGUGGGUCUCUCCCUUCGUUUCUGUCUUCACAAAUCCAAUCAAUGCCUCCACCUCCACUUGAAUCCACCCCUACUUCCACUAAAGAAGUUCUCUCGUUGUUCACUUCCCUCCAAACCCAACUCUUCGAAGCCGUUGCCCAACUGCAAGAAAUCCUGGAUCUUCAGGAUGCUAAGCAGAAAGUUGCAAGGCAAAUUAGGUCUAAAGAUGGUGCCAUCCUUGCUUUUGCUAAUAAACUUAAAGAGGCAGAACGGGUUCUUGAUAUUCUUGUUGAUGAUUAUUCUGAUUAUCGGCGGCCUAAGAGGUUGAAGUUGGAGGAGGAUGGUGGGGAGGAUGAUGAUGAUGAUUCUUGUACCACAACGGUUGCAUCUCAGUUGAAUUUGUCUGAUAUUUUGUCGUAUGCGCAUAGGAUUAGUUACACUACUUUUGCACCUCCGGAGUUUGGUGCUGGGCAGGCACCGCUUCGUGGGGCACUCCCCCCUGCUCCACAGGAUGAGCAAAUGCGUGCUUCUCAGCUUUAUAACUUUUCUGAUCUUGAUGUUGGUUUGCCUAAAAUGGUUGAGACUAAGGAGAAAACUGUUGAGGCAAUAAUUGAGCCACCACCUGCACAGCCUGCAGAUACCAAUCCGCUUGCAAAUUUUGCAGCCCUUCAGGGCUUGCUUCCCGCAAACUUUACAAUUCCAUCAGGUUGGAAACCUGGGAUGCCGGUGAAGUUGCCAACCAAUUUGCCAGUGCCACCACCAGGAUGGAAGCCUGGGGAUCCUGUGCCACUGCCUCCAUUGGACUCCUUGCCUAUACCUAGGAUGGAAGAGCCACACUUACGGCCUGUUCCACCUCCUGGAUUGCAUAAGCCACCGGAGCCAAUUCAGGUGCGACAUGUUGAGUUGGAUAUUCUUGAUCCAGAUGAUGAUAGCAGUGAUUAUAGUAGUGAUGAGGGAAGCUCUGAUGAUGAAGAUUGAUAGUGGUAGUUUGAAGUACUUGGAGUAAGUGCACUUGCAACUUUUAACUCAUUGUAUUUUGCCAACAAAAUGGAAUUCAUAGUUUCCUUCAUUUAUCCCUAUGCUAAGAAAUUUGCAAUAUGUGGAGUCCUUUGUGAACAGCAUUUGGAACUGAAUUGCAUUUCGUAGAUUUCUAAUUGUUUCUUGUUGUGUAUCUGAACCGAAAAUGAGAAGUAAUAGCUUUGUUUCUAACGAUCAGGACAGCACCCUAUUAUCAUUCUUCAGUAGGAAAUUCAUUGAUUUGCCUAUAGAAGCAUUAAUGGGAUAUAUAAAAAUGCAAGAACUGAUACUGUAUUAUAUAUGUGAAUAAAGGGCAAUAAAUCUGCUGAGGGUUACCAGUAGCGGAUCCGGGAUUUUUUUCGGAAGUGUCCACUUAAUGCAGUGGUUGUCUACCGGGUGUUGGCUGGCUGUGGGCUGUGCUAGGUAUUCGGUAGUGGCAAUGAGUGGAGUGAAUAGGGAGUUAAGAAAAAUAUGUUCAUGGGAAAAUUUUGAAGGUAUUUAGGGGGAAAUUGUCCUUAAUUUUUUUUUUCUUAUCUUUUGGGGUCUCCCACAUUUACAUUUACAUCCGCAACUUGGUUGUCGCAUGACUUGGUACUUUCAGACAAAAUGGAGAUGAUCUUUCUUCAAGAUACUUAAUAUUGGAACAAGAGGAUCUGCACAGGUGUAGUAGUUUAAAAAAGAGUCUAAAGGUCGUAAAAUGUGUAUUUGAAGAUGAUUCUUCACUACCUUAUAGGGGCAUUUUUGAUGGAAUGGUGACUGAGUUUUAUUGGCCAAUGGCUUACAGAGGUCGUAGGGUCGUAUUUUAGAUGAUUCUUCAAUAUGUUUUAAGUUGAUGCAGCUUGUAUUGAUAUUUAAAAUGGAGAUAAAAAAAAAAAAAAAAAAGGGUA